AGGACUGGUUUACGCCUUUACGGCUCGCCCCCGUCUUUUCUUCUCGUGUUCUCCCCUCCCCGCGUGCGCUCCCUUUCGUGGCACGACUGGGCGACCGCCGCUGUACGCCAGCUGCUCAGAUCUCGUCGGGCCCCUUCGCCGGCGACCAUCACCUGUUAGGGCAAUGAUGGGAGGCUGGGGGGUUUCGGAUGGGUACGAGGGAUCAAAGAGGACACGAAUGAUGAUGGAAUCGAAUCCCUACUUCGCAGUGAACGCAGGGAGUCCAUUGGAUGUCUCAAAGAGGUCUAGGAUUGUUGAACCAGGCCCGCCCUAUUUUGGGGCCAUGGGCAGCAACACUGGUGGUGCCAGUGGUGGCUUCUACCAGCCCUUCAACAGCAGCAACUUAGCUGGUGCAGGGGCUAGCACUGGCAUCCAAAACUUUCCAGGUGUACGGCUGCGAGGUCUCCCUUUUGAUUGCAAUGACAUUGAUAUCUGCAAGUUCUUUGUGGGACUGGACAUAGUGGACUGCCUCCUGGUUAACAAGAAUGGCCGCUUCACUGGUGAGGCUUUUGUGGUCUUCCCAACAGCUAUGCAAACAGAAUUUGCUCUGCAUCGUAACAGGCAGAACAUGGGCCGGAGGUAUGUUGAGGUGUUCAGAUGUAAGAAGCAGGAGUACUACAGUGCAAUAGCCAACGAGGUGAGCCAGGGUGGUUACUUUGAGUCGGAGUGUCGCCGCUCCUCACCUCCUCCGAGGCCCCCUAAGAAGACUGCUGAAGACAAGGGCAGCAUGGAGUACACUGAGGUGCUGAAGCUCCGUGGGCUUCCCUACUCUGCGACGACUGAGGACAUCAUCAAGUUCUUCCUGGAGUAUGAGCUGACAGAGGAGAAUGUGCAUAUUGCGAUCCGCUCAGAUGGGAAAGCUACCGGUGAAGCCUUUGUUGAGUUCCCAACAGCUGAAGUUGCCAAGACGGCGAUGUGCAAGGAUAAGAUGACUAUCGGGACGAGGUAUGUGGAGCUGUUCCCGUCUACCCCAGAGGAGGCGAGCAGGGCGAGAACCCGAGGCAGGCAUUGAAGAAACGAAUGGCUUGGCUGAAUGAUCUCUGGUUGCAUGUGGCUGCAAUCGACUGUAGUUUUCACUUCGCAUGCUUAUCUGUAUCGCUUUUAGAUUGUGUUAGUUGUGUGUAUUUGACUUCUUAUAUGCGAACUGAACUGUAACAACUUUCCUUUGUUGGCCGGCCGCACAUGUACGGCAUAAUCAUUUAUGGAUUUUGCUA